CUCGCUCUCUCGCGUGCCUCGCAGCCUCACUCAGGGCUUGACUGCUGGCACGCGUCUGGACAACGACCAUGACGCGCAUCCGUCCCUGGCUCGCUCGCUGUCGUCGCUCAGAAGCUCUGCUCGCGGCCGGCCUGCCGCUGACACAUGGAGGGUCUCAGGUCGGCGCAUCUCCGUGAACGCACUGCAAUCCCUUCCAUUCAUACCGCCCUGUCAGACACCCGCAGAGCCCUCGCAACGGUCUCGGCGCCCUCACCAGACAGGAAGCCCCACUUUGACAAGAUCCUCAUCGCGAAUCGAGGCGAGAUCGCGUGUCGUGUGAUCCGCACGGCGAAGAAGCUGGGGAUAACGACCGUCGCGGUCUACAGCGAGGUGGAUGCCGACGCACUGCACGUUCGCUUGGCGGACGAGGCGUACUGUAUCGGGCCUGCCGCAUCAUCGGAGAGCUAUCUCCGCAUGGACAAGAUCAUCAAAGUCUGCCACCGUAGCGGCGCUCAGGCCGUGCACCCCGGCUACGGCUUUCUCAGCGAGAACGCGCACUUUGCGGAACGUCUCGCGCACGAGGGCAUCGCGUUCAUAGGCCCUCCCGCCAGUGCCAUCGUGAGCAUGGGUUCUAAGAGCGAGUCAAAGACGAUCAUGUCAGACGCGGGCGUGCCAGUCGUCCCGGGCUAUCACGGAGCAGAUCAAGAUCCCGCACUGCUCGCUCAAGAAGCGACUCACAUCGGCUAUCCGGUGCUCAUCAAAGCCGUGCACGGCGGCGGCGGCAAAGGCAUGCGCGUCGUGCGCUCCGCUGCCGAGUUCGCGGACGCGCUGGAGAGCGCACAGCGCGAGGCGCGCAACGCGUUCGGGAACGAGCACGUACUGGUCGAAAAGUUCAUCGAGCGGCCGAGGCACGUCGAGGUGCAGGUGUUUGCGGAUGCGCUGGGCGGGUGCGUGAGUCUGUGGGAGAGGGACUGCUCGGUGCAGAGGAGGAACCAGAAGAUCAUCGAGGAGGCACCGGCACCCGGCUUGUCACCGGAGUUGCGCGCGGACCUGAGCGCAAAGGCCGUUGCGGCUGCCAAGGCUGUGAACUAUGUCGGUGCCGGCACCGUCGAGUUCAUCUUUGACAACGAUACGGACAAGUUCUACUUCAUGGAGAUGUACGCUCGU